AUGGAAGGAUAUGUCUCUGCCGUCCGCAAGAUGGAGCAAACGGUGAUGUUUCCUAGCCUUCUCCUGGGAGUCUCCCUAGAAGACCAGGAGGAUGGCACAUUUGAGGCCAACUCUAGCAACAGAGACUCUAGUGAGAGAGACUUGUAUGACUAUUACACCCUCCUAAAAGUCAUCAAGUGGAAGGCGGAGGGCGGCUUGGCUCCUCUCGUUGGCCAGACUCCCAGCAUCAAAGAAGAGGAAAGCAAGGAGAAGGCUGAUCUUGAAGGACUCUUUCAUUACCACGUAACCGGUUUGUACCACGUCCUCACCCAGCUAACAAGGAGAGCCAACACUGUGACUUCAAAAUACAAUGAAAUUAUGGGGCAGAUCAACCAGAAUGAAAUUUCUCUCCGCUGGUGA